CGGGAACGAGGCGAAACAGAUGGAUACACAGGGUGAGUGAGUGAAGAUGUUUCACCAGGAAUGGCCGCUGUUCUCUGCGACAUAGCUACCACUUCACGGAACUGUGGCUCCUACAGAAUGUAGGAGAAGGCGGCGAGCUAUCUUUCUAUCUGCUGGUAUCGACGAAACGCUUCGAUUGUUCGCUUACGUUCGCCAAAUGAUGGGUAAAUAGGGCUUAGAGCUCGGACGAUCUCCCGCAAGGGUGUGCAAUCCAUUGAUCUUUUGUUGUGUUGGUGGGAGUCGAACCCGCGACUUCCAGUCCAGUGGAUGGGAGAGGGGGAUCUGAGAAGCUUGCAGUCAUUUCUCUGUUCAGGCGGGCUGGAUGGAGCGGGAGGGCAAGGUGCAGUUUCUGCGGCAUCACCAGGGCAGUGUGCGAGGGGUAGCCUUCUGUCCCAGGGAUCGGUACCUGUUCUGCUCUGGUGCGUACGAUGGGAAAGUCAACCUGUACUCGGCGCAGAAGGGGGACCUCCUCCAUACAUACAAUAUCACAACCUUGAGUCUCGCCAGGAAUAUCAAUGCUGUCAGGUUUACCAGUGAUGGCUGCAGGAUCUUGGCGACCACGACAGCGAGGAGGCUGGCUAUCAUCGACGUGGAGAGCGGGGAGCAGCUGGGCUCGUACGACAGCUGUGCCUUUAAUGGUCGUGAUCGUACAGGACUGGCUGCAGACCCCACCAAUCCCAGCAUAGCUCUGUGCUGUACAGUGAAUGGCAAGGGUGUGACGGUGUUUGACCUGAGAAUGCCACUCCCACUGGACUUCAUCAAUGAUCUCCAUGGCAACAUCAUCCGGGACCUGACCUUCCUCCAUGACAGCUGGCCGUGGUGCAAGGGGCAGUCUGCCUUCCUGUCUGUGUCUGUGGACGGCACUGCUAAAGUGACAACAUUAGAUGGUAAAACCCUGCAGACUGUAGACUGUGGGUCCUGUCUGCACAGUGCUGCACCCACGCCUGAGAUAUACGGGUCCAUGGCUGACGACGGCUUCUACAGCCUGAUCAUGCUGGGAGGAGACUCCAUCUCUGCCUAUGUCCCGGAGGUGGGCAUUCAGGAACUGCUGCAGGAGCAUGGGGAGGCUCCCGUCUGGAAAAUCAGGUAUACAUCCAAUGGCAGUAUGUUGUAUUCUGUCUGUGACAAUGGGAUGGUGCGGAGGUAUCGCAGGUAUCCGGACCAUCACGAGUAUCUAGGCGAGGUCUUCAGGCACAAGAGUGACAUAGAAGACAUGGACAUAUCAGCUUAUGAUGAAUAUCUAGUCACAGCUUCCAAAGAUCGCACGGUGGGCUUGCUGAAGCUUGGAGCUCCCAAUCACGGUGUGACAGAGUAUGCAGAACUGACGUAGUGAUGGUGCAGUCAGAGCUCCCUUCUCAACUUACUCUUGUACAAAACCCCACCACCACUUAAUGAUGACAGCUAGUGGUUCUUUAGAAAAUGCUGGCCCAAGAACAGUCUCUUUUGAGCAUCCAUUGAAGAUUUGAGAAUUUACCAGGAUACCAGUCAGCUUUUUUACCAUCAUUGAAGUCAGCCGAGACUUGAAAUUGAAUACCAGAAGUGACAUCUAGUAUGAAAUUUAGAGGGGUAGUGUCUCAAUUGGUCAGCAGUAUUUAGUAUAGGCAGUCCCUUGAUUGGAUAAAGUGUAAGACUUGAUUGAAGCAGUGUGGAAGCUUUUUAUGACACUCCAAACUCAGAGGGUGUGAAAUGGGUGGGUCAGUGUAAAUGUAAAUGGAACCGGUUUUUACUAGUGAUUCCAGUAGAUGCAGCUAUAGGGUGAGGUCAGAGUGAUCAGAAGUUGAAAAUAGAAACUGGUGGUACAGAAGUACAACUUGAUUAUAUUGUUCUAGUGCAACCUGAAAGUAUUGGUACUACACACUGGCUGAAGGAUGGGCCUCGAACUCAAAAGGAUUCCUACCGACAAACCUAGAAGUGUGCAAUUCCGUCUGUUGUCAUAGGUACGACUGAGAAGCCAUCCACUUUUAGCCAUGGACAUUGGUGCCAUUCUAGUCGUAUUUUACUCAUAAGUUAGAACGUUUUUGUCUACUAUUGAUUGUAAACAGAUGGAUCGUGAGAGAGUUAGCAGUAUUUAUUGAAUCAGAUUCAGAGGAGUUCGUGUUCAAACUGCUAUUACGGUCUAUAUAUUAUAGUAUAACCUUCUUGCAAAAUGCUGUGUACAUAGAUCUGCUGUUUUUAUGCUCUAUAUAGAAAGCAAUGUCAAUCAUUGUUCCUGAUCAUGUAUCAUUGAAAGAAUCAUUCAGAAUUUCACAUCUAGAGGAAAAGAGUCUGUACAGAGUUUUGAAAAUCUCCAGCAGUGCUAAUAUUACAUAUAGGGUCUUCAAUCCCUUACUAUUCAGUCAUUGUAUUGUAACCCUUUCAUGAAGAACUAAUUCUCACAGUUGAUGAGAACUGUACAUUUAUGACAGUGAGGGUUGUUCCCAUAGCAAUUACAUAUAUGACAGUGCAGACAAUGUUAUAGCAUUACCAUAUGAUUCACUUAUCACAUGUAACAACCUUCUUAGCACUAGCAGUCAUUUCUUUCAACAACUUGAUUUUAUGUUCACAUUGAUAUUUCGUACACUCAACUGACGUUCUCAAGUUAGAGGUUGAAAAUAUGAAGAACAGAAUCUUUUAAUCACUUUAACGUUACUACCAUUUAUCAUGCUGGUUUCAUCUUGUCAAAAGUAAUUGAUAAACCUGUGUAAAAAAAUGAAACAUGCAUAAUUCUGCUCUUGUAUUUUAGAUCAAGUACAACAUUAAACCAUGUUUUGAAGGCACAUUCA